GGGACGGGGUGCCGGGGCUGCCGCCGUAAAGCGCGGCGAUGGCGGGCCCCUCGGCGGCCGCCGCGCUGCCGGUCUUCGAGAAGCGGCUGCUGGUGACGGGCGGCGCCGGCUUCAUUGCUUCACAUGUAGUCGUCUCCCUCGUGAAGAACUAUCCAAACUAUCUGAUUAUAAAUCUAGAUAAGCUCGACUACUGUGCAAGCUUGAAGAACCUUGAAACAGUCUCUGAGAAGAACAACUACAAGUUUAUCCAGGGAGAUAUUUGUGAACCUAAUUUUAUAAAACAGCUGUUUGAAACUGAGAAGAUAGAUAUAGUGCUUCAUUUUGCAGCCCAAACACAUGUAGAUCUUUCAUUUUGGCAUGCUCUGGAAUUUACCUAUGUGAAUGUUUAUGGCACUAAUGUGCUGGUUGCUGCUGCACAUGAAGCCAAUGUGGAGAAGUUUGUCUAUGUUAGUACAGAUGAAGUAUAUGGAGGUAGCACUGAUAAGGAAUUUGAUGAAUCCUCUCCAAAACGUCCAACAAAUCCUUAUGCUUCCUCUAAAGCAGCUGCAGAGUGCUUUGUUCAGUCUUACUGGGAAAGGUACCAAUUUCCAGCUGUUAUUACACGGAGUAGCAAUGUUUAUGGACCACACCAGUAUCCAGAAAAAGUUAUUCCGAAGUUUAUAUCUUUGUUGCAACAGAACAGAAAAUGCUGUAUUCAUGGUUCUGGACUUCAAAGAAGGAAUUUCCUUUAUGCAACUGAUGUAGUAGAAGCAUUCCUUACUGUCCUGAAGGAGGGAAAGCCAGGUGAAAUUUAUAACAUUGGAACUAACUUUGAGAUGUCCAUUACCCAGCUUGCUAAGGAGCUUAUCCAUUUAAUAAAGGAGACCAGUUCAGAAUCUGAAAUGGAACACUGGAUGGAUUAUGUCAAAGACAGACCUACCAAUGACCUGAGAUAUCCAAUGAAUUCAGAAAAAAUGCACAACUUAGGAUGGAGACCUAAAGUGCCUUGGAAAGAAGGAAUAAAGAAAACAAUUGAAUGGUACAAAGAAAACUUUCACAACUGGAAAAACCCAGAGAAAGCUUUGGAGCCCUUUCCUGUGACAGAGCCGUUUGCACAGCUCAGUGGUCCAUAGGGUGGCAGAGAUCCUGAAGGAGUUUAUUCUACCUCAUACAAUCUUUUCUUCAAAGCCUGCAAUCAAGUGGCCUCACAGGACUCUUAAUGUAUUGAAGAUAAAUGAACCACAAUGAAUACAGAACUACAGUGUGGCAUGACUUUGGAAGGGUUUCAGCACUUUAUAAGUCAAAUCUGUUAAUUUCAGCUUUUGGUGCAAUACUAUGUUCUCCCUAAGUACUGAUUUUAAAGACCUGUACAGGCUGAAGAAUAUUUAUAAUGCUAUAAAUUAGUGUAACUGAUGUCAAACCAACCUUAUUAAUUUAGAAUAAUUAAUUGUGAUUACAGCUUUUGGGGCUGUCAUUGAAACUUGUUUUAGUUCUGAAAUAAUUAAUCUGUAUUAGUCUUUUAUUAUGGUGUAAUACAUUAUUUUUGUCACUUUAAAGAGUUGCUUUUAUUUUCAAUAAAGGGGAAACCUGCUGUGUUUUCUGUGGGUUAUAAAUCAGUUGAUAAAAGCUGGAUUUGACACCCAAGUGGAUCAGUUCUUUUCUCCAUUGGUGCACUAUUACCUUUUGUAGGUGACGGAUUAAACUGUUAUCUGUAACUUUAAGUGGCUUUUUUUAAGGAGGAUGGGGAGGGAAGGUGGUAAAGAAGUAGCAGCUGUUCUUGCUGGUAUUUCCGGAAGCAUUUUCUUACAUUUUGCUGGUUUAGAUAUAGUCUUUUUACUGUAUGACUGUCUUUUAUGUGUUAACUUCCUUUUCUUAACUAUUUUUAACAAACUUGAAAUACUGUGACAUGGUUAACGUUUCAGUAAUGUUAUUUCCAGUCAUAUGAAGGAUAUAUAAAGAGAAAAAUUUUAAACACUUUUCCUGUGACUUGUGGGUUGACAGACCUUAUUUAAUGCAGUGAUUUUUUGGUGACAAAGAUGAAACAAUACUUGAGUUUUAAUGAAAAGCUUGGGAGGAAACUUCAGUUCUAGAAAUGUGUCCAUGAAUCUUUUUCAAAGUUGAUUUAUUACUAAAGGUUAUGGUGUAACUGAUUUCUCUUAAGUAAACACAUUGAAAAAGUA